AUGUUGGGCAUGCAAAUUGUGCGUGACAGGAAAGCCAAGAAAAUAUGGCUGUCACAGGAGAAGUACGUUGAACGGGUGAUGGCAAAGUUCAACAUGAAAGAUUCCAAGCCAGUCAAUACUCCGCUGGCUAAUCAUUUCAAGCUAAACAAGAGUUCUUGUCCCUCCUUUACUAAAGAAAGAGAAGAGAUGGAGGCUAUUCCUUACUCAUCCGCCGUAGGGAGUUUGAUGUAUGCAAUGGUGUCCACCCGACCAGAUAUUGCUCAUGCUGUUGGAGUAGUAAGCAGAUUCCUUUCCAAUCCAAGAAAAGAGCAUUGGGAAGCAGUCAAGUGGAUUCUGAGGUACCUCAAGGGUACGGCAAAAAUGUGUUUGUGCUUUAGAAAUGCUAAAUUAGUCUUGGAAGGCUAUACGGAUUCCGAUAUAGCAGGAGAUCAUGAUGUCCCAACAAGUUUAAUUUUUGAGAGUGAACUUGUAGCGAGGAUUCUUUGUAACUCUCAAUUGCUUGAUGAUACAUUAGCCAUAGGAACUUCAAGUUCAUCAUCAAUGGAACGGUGUCACAUGCGGCCGCCGCCACCACCAGAGGGUGGUCCUGUUGGAUCUCUGGUCCCUGAAAUUGUUAGGCAACAUUUCACCAUAUAUAGAUUGACAAAUCUUAAGAUUAUUGUUGUUGCUGUCAAUAAUUUGUCUGGGACCAUUCCUGCAUCAAUCUUCAAUCUCUCCGGUAUUAGGGUUUUGGAUGUUUUUACUGGAUCCAUUCCCAUUUCAAUUUCCAAUGCCUCAAACCUAUUUUAUUUUGAUACAUCAGAAAAUGACCUUAUUGGAGAAGUGCCAACUAUGGAGAAGCUGCAUAAACUUCACCGAUUGUCAAUCGCAUCCAAUCAUCUUGGGAGCGGUCACAUUGUUGAUUUGGGCUUUCUGCCCUCUUUGAACAAUGCCACUGGUUUAGUGCUACUUGAUCUUGGCGAUAACAACUUUGGAGGAAUGUUGACUGAAACCAUUGGCAACCUGUCCACUAAGCUUAGAAAAAUACAACUUGGUUAUAAUCAGAUAUUAGGGAGCAUUCCUUAUAGGAUACAAAAUCUCAUCAACUUGGAAAGAAUAUGGCUUGUUGGCAAUCACUUUACAGGUAAUUUACCAUUUGAUAUUGGAAAGCUUCAGAACCUACAAGAUUUGGACUUCAUCCCUCCAAGUUUGGGUGACUGCAAAAAUUUGUUGUCAUUGAGCCUAGCACAUAACAAGUUUAGUGGGCCAAUACCUCAACUAGUUAUUGGUCUUUCCUCAUUAUCACAUUUGGACCUAUCUGAAAACUAUUUGACAAGUUCUCUCCUAGUGGAAGUUGCAAACUUGAAGAACCUUGGUUACUUGAGUGUUUCCAACAAUAUGUUAUCUGGUGAAAUUCUUGGCACUCUUGGCAGGUGUGUAAUGUUAGAAACACUAUAUAUGGAUGGUAACUUUUUUCAAGGAAUCAUUCCUUCUACUUUGGCUUCUUUGAGAGGUACUCAAUUCUUAGAUCUCUCUCGCAAUAAUUUGUCUGGACGGAUUCCAGAAUAUUUUGCGGCAUUUAAUUUAUUGCAGAAUUUGAACUUGUCCUACAAUGAUUUUAAGUGUGCAGUGCCAACAAAAGGUAUAUUUGCAAAUGCAAGUGCAAUUUCUGUCAAUGGGAAUAGCAAGCUUUGUGGAGGUGUACCUGAAUUACAGUUGUCCUUGUGCAACUCCAUAUGGUCCAAAAAGAGGAGAUUGACUCUCGCUUCAAAAUUGGCAAUUUCUAUAUGUAGUGGGCUUUUAGGGGUAUCUUUUAUGUUGUGCAUUCUAUAUAUUUGUUGGUAUAGAAAGGCAAAAAAAGAUCUUUCUUCCGUUUCACUAAAAAAAUCAUUCUUGAAAGUAUCUUAUCAAACUCUUCUCAAAGCUACUGAUGGAUUCUCUUCAGGAAAUUUAAUUGGUGUUAGUAGUUUUGGGUCUGUGUAUACAGGAAUUCUUGAACAUGAUGGAACAAUUGUUGCCAUGAAGGUACUCAACCUCCAGUGUCAUGGGGCUUCCAAAAUUUUCUUAGCCAAGUGUAAGGCCUUGAGGAACAUUAAACAUCGCAAACUUGUUAAGGUACUGACCGCAUGUUCAGGUGUUGGUUAUCAAGGUAAUGAUUUUAAGGCCCUGGUUUAUGAUUUCAUGGUAAAUGAAAGUCUGGACGACUGGUUGCAUCCAAUCACGGGACUGGAUUUGUUGCACAAUGAACCAAAGAAACUAGGUCUUCAUCAGCGAUUGAACAUUUCUAUUGAAGUUGCGUGUGCAUUGGAUUAUCUUCACCAUGAUUGCCAAACACCAAUAAUCCACUGUGAUCUGAAGCCAAGCAAUAUUCUUCUGAAUGAGGACAUGAUUGGUCAUGUAGGCGACUUUGGGUUAGCAAGAUUCUUGCAAGAAGCCAUCCAUAACUUCAAUGCAAAGCAAGGAAGCUCAACAGGAGUUAGAGGAACUAUUGGAUACACUGCUCUAGGUAAAUAUUAUUUUGAUCCGCUUCAUUAAUUAUAUUUCUAUAUUUUUUUCUACAUU